GCUGAGGUGAGAGCGGACUUUGCUCGUUUAUCUGGCUGGGCUGAAAGAGGAAGAGUGCCAUGUCUGUCAUGGCUGCAGCCGGCCAUCCGUCCCGUCACACAGUCGCUCCAUCCAUGUGGCUCUCUAUGACUCACAAAAUGGCUGUCGGUCUGCACCGCAGCCACCAACACAUACACACACAACGAGAGAGAGACAAAUACUGUGCGCCCAACCACAACAGCGACCUACUGCCCAAAGACACACACAUUUACCCGACCACAUAAGCCAGCCACACAAGCUUGCUACACUGAACGCCGACUCAUGUCCGGACCCCCCUCCUCUCCCUCUCCCCGACCCCCUCCCUCAUGUGCCCUCCUGCUGCUCGCAAGGGCUGCUUUCUUCUGCGGCCUGGACAGAUAGUAUGGGAGGACCAGCGUCACGACGCUGAUAGCAAGGAAAGCGAUGCUGAGGGGGGAGAAGUCGCCACCAUCGUCGAGCUGCACACACAGAGAGACAAGGGAGAGAGAUGGGCGACAGAGUGCCGAGUGGACAGGGGGGGGGGAUUGCCCACCACAGCGCUGACGAUUGGCGUGAUGAAGAGGAGGGGUAUACCCAUAACGAGAACACCAAAACCAGCGAGAGUGCAAUAGUCCUCAAAGCCAAAAGAGUCUCCUGUGUAUGCACACACGAGCCCAUGAGAUGCGAAUGUCUGGCGCAUUCAUUUAUCGCUUUCGUCUCCCUUACCCCAUAGUGCCAUACAUAAAGCAUAGGUAGCCUCCUGGCUGAACGUAUAAAAGAUGAAUGUCUGAACGAUAAUCACAACGCCACAAACACGGGUGAAACAGACCGAAACUAUCACUUCACACCCCUAAAACCCCACCAGCGGCUGCAGCGCCAACACCCGAAUCAGACCACAUAUCAAAUGACCCCACCCAACCUGACAAACACAGAGAGCGAUACACACACACACACACACACAGAGAGAGAGAGAGAGAGGGAAAGCGCUGCGGUGGUCCUCGCGGUGUGUGCCAACCCACCCACCGACCACAAUCUGCGCGAUCAGCGAGACGGUCCAGCCAUAUCGGUCCGCUAUCGCCCCCACCCCCAGUGCACUCAUCCACCCCAUAGGCGCCACCCACGAGAAGACCUGUGUCCACAGCGUCGUGGUGCCCUCCACGUCGCUGAUGCCCUCACUCUUGACGAUCUCGCGCAGCUGAAGGGUCACCGAUCCCAGAUAAAACUGCGCACACACAAAAAGGAUGUACGUGGAUGGGGGGGAUGGAUGGAUGGAUGGAUGGAGCGGCCCACAUGCAUGGGGUGUCUUUGAUAUACCUGAAAGAUGAAGUACCAAAUGGUGAGGUAUAUCGUGAUGAGCAUAAAGUCGAGGGUGCACAUCUGCCGUACCACCUUGCCCAGCCUCGUCUUCGGGUGCCCCAGACACUUGAUCACCGCAUCAUAGUCCUUUGCACCCUUGCCAUGCUGCUGAUGCUGCUGCGCCUGCGCCGUCACAGCCUUCGGCACGGUCCCCACCACAGCAUUUACGGCCGCCCUCACCUCGGAUGUCUCGCUGUCCAUGGCGAGGUCGACCGGAGGGUCACUCAUCGUCUUUCGCGGAUCCAUGACCGGCGUGUCUUCUUCCUCAUCUGGCGGCGGCUUCAGCUGCUCGGCGCUGAGAUGUCUCAAGUCAAAAUGGAGGGUGGUCUGUGAGAGGUGGGGGGCGUGCUUGCGCGGGGCCGUAGUUGGGGGGAUGCGGUAGAAGCCGCCCUUGGCGAUGCUGAAGGCGACCUUGUCGCCUCUGUCAAAGUGGCGCAUCGGCUGCAUGGCGAGGAAGGGCAGGAAGAGGGUGAGGACGAUGGCGUAGUAGAGGAACAUGUCAUCAAAGGUCACAGGGGUCUCUGAGAUGAUCAGCUGGAAGGCAGCGAAGACAAUGCUGAUCCCACACACGCACACACACAGAUGGACAGACACAGAUGGGUCUGUCUACGCAUUCAUUGUGACACUCGUGUACCUGGAAGUGCCGAAUACGGUCGAGAAGAAUGCUGUGACGAGGCCGUAGUUGUUGGGGUAUAGAUUGGCGCAGUGAGUCGCAUAGAGAGCCACACCCGUCCCCGGUGCGAUGAGGCAGAAGAAGCCCAGGAAGGUGUAGUCGAACUCACCCUCUCCCUUCGGACCCAGGCCGACAAGAUAAGCGCCUACUGUGAGAGUGAGAUGCAUCCAGAACACCAUCCUACAGUGAGUGCACAUCCAUCCAUCCAUCCAUCCAUCCAUCCACAAUGCACAGAUCACCCACCACACGGCAGCCUGGCUGUGUUGUGAUCUUGCUGAGUGACUCACUUGGGUCCGAUUCUGUCGAGAAUGAUUCCCAGAGGCAGCCCCAGCACCAUUUGAAAGGCCACGCACACAGUGAAGAUCAGGUUCAAAUGGACCGCCUCCUCCUCGCAGCUGCCGGUCUCUGGGUCAAAGCUCUCCUCCGUGCACAUGUGGCUGUACACAUUCGCCUCGAGCACUGCAGACCAGACAGAGGGGAGGGAAGCCAUGAUGUGGACGGCUCACUCUUUCAUGCACGCACGCAUAAUGGUGGUGGCGCCCCAGCCCAUGCCCAAGCCGCUUGAGAUCAACAGGUGGAAGAGGCUGAUGGACACCACCCAGAAUCUGGCCUCACGAUAGAAGGGCAAUGCAGCGGGCGGCUUCUGAAGGGUCUCUUCUGAUGCCAUCUCUGACGGAUGAAUGAGUCGUUCUCGGCAGCGCUUCACGCGUACAGCGACUUUGGUCCUG